UUUUUCUUACUUUCUAUCCUUCUCUCGUUUUCACCUAAAAGUCAUGCUCGCUUCAAGAUUGCAAUCUCGUUCCACCGCCUUGUUGGGUUCUUUGAGCACCCGCACCUUGAGCAAGCGUUUCUAUGCUGCCACUUCUGAAGAGGUCAAGAAGACUGCCUUGUACGAUUUCCACGUCAAGCACGGUGGUAAGAUGGUGCCUUUUGCUGGUUAUGCCAUGCCUAUCCAGUACGGCAACAUGGGUAUGCUUGCUUCCCACUUGCACACUCGUGAAAAGGCUUCGAUCUUUGAUGUCUCUCACAUGCUUCAGAGCAGAGUGGUGGGUAAGGAUCGCAAGAAGUUCUUUGAGACCUUGGUGACGGCCGAUCUCCACAACAUGCCUGUGGGUCAGGGUUCCCUUUCGGUGUUCACCAACGAACAGGGUGGUAUCAUUGACGAUACCAUUGUCAUGCAACACGAGGACAGCCUCUACGUUGUGUCCAACGCCGGCUGUGCCGAUAAGGACACCGCUCACAUCCGCAAGCACUUGGCUGAAUUCCAGAAGAAGGGCGGUGACGUCGACUGGGAGAUUAUCACCGAUCACUCUCUUAUCGCUAUUCAGGGUCCUUCGGCCGCCGCGGCUUUGGAAGCUUUGGUUGGCAAGUCGUUGAACGACUUUGGUUUCAUGAACGGCCGUUUCAUGGACGUUGCCGGUGUUCCUUGCCACAUUGCUCGUUCCGGUUACACUGGUGAAGACGGUUUCGAAUUGUCCAUCCCCACACCUGAAAUUGUCACCAUUACCGAAAAGUUGUUGGCUCAACCCGGUGUUGAAUUGGCCGGUCUUGGUGCUCGUGACUCGCUUCGUUUGGAAGCCGGUUUGUGCUUGUACGGUAACGAUCUCGAUGAGACCACCACUCCCGUUGAAGCCGGUCUUACCUGGACCAUUCGUAAGUCGUUUUUUAUUAUUAUUUUUUUUGUCCUUUAUUUGGCCUUUGGUCCUCCGAGAAUGUCCGUGAACUAAAAGAUCUCAUCUUAUUUUUUUUUUUCGAUAGCCAAGUCGCGUCGUGAGACUGGU